UUCUCCCAUCUCCUUCUCCAGUCGCCGCCUUCCGUCCCCGCCUAGCUCCUUCUCCCGGCUCCGGGUCCACACCUGGGCAAGCACCGAGGGCGCGACGUCCAGGCCGACCCACACCGUGCGGUGGUGUGCGCUUGGAUGUCGGGGGGCGGCACCGACUCGUCCCCAGGGAGCUGCGUCGUCGUAGGCGUUGACACAAAACGCGAAGGGAAGCGACGAAUCCACUGCCCAAGCGGCGGCGGACGGCAGGAUAUGACGCUAGCGCCAUGGCUCGUCGAGCCGGGCCAGAGGAAACUGUCGCUGGUGGAGUCAGCCGCAACUCAGCCACGGUUCAGGCCGCCCCAUCUUUGUCGGAUGCGCUGAAUCACCGAGGAAGCCGCAUCGAGUUAGCACAGGCGCCUGGCGGAGGCGGCUCUGCUGUGCCGGGACGCUGCAGUCCCUUCAAUGUCGUGUGUCCGCGUCCGUCGCAGACGGCGUCCUCACCCCCGACUUCUCCCUCGACCUCGCGGCAACGACUAUACCAUGUUGUUCUCGUCGCUGGAGAUCGACUACUCAGGAGCAUGGGUAGAGGCGAUAUGGUGGUGUACUCGCAGAAAAAGAGGCAAUAUGGUGGUGGAUAUGGUGUCGCCGCUGUUCCGCCGGGGAAUAUCUAAGGACAUGUUGUAGAUUGAAUAUAUGGGAUAUGCUACAGUAUUGUCCAGAGUUAUCUGUAAAUUGUUCUUGUCUUUCUUCCAUUUGUAUAAAGUGUUGUUGUCUUUUUUCCAUUUGUAUAAAGUGUUGUUUCGUAGUGUGUUUAUCAUUUAUUUAAUGACAUACUGUAGCACAUAUUUUCGGGAAAAAGAUAUUGGCUAAUUUUUU